AACAUUGGAUUUUGCCUUCCUUUCCGUAGGCUUUUCUACUCUACUUGCACAUCAUGAAAAGUGGUCGAGGUAUGCAGAAAUCUGAACGCCCUCUUCAAAGUCACGAGGAUGCCAUGUCCAAUGAUGCAGUCGAAGAGUUAGAUUUCGAUGAUGGAAGAUGUGGAGGUAGGCCUGCAGCUGCUAAACUAGAAAGGAAAAGAGGUGAGGAGAGAGAAACAUGGAAAAAGAAGAGGAGGAAGAAGAAGGAAGAGGAUGACAAUCAAGCUGAGGGUGAGGAGGGAGAAGCAAGGAGAAAGAAGAAAAGAAAGGAUGAGAGAGAAGUAAGAAUGAAGAACAAGAUGAAGAGGAAGAAGAAGGAGCAGGAGGAAGAUAAGGAAGAGUCUGAGGAGGGAGAACAAGGGAGGAAGAAUGAGGAGGACCAAGAAAAAGAUACAAUUAUGGAAGAAGGGAAAAUAAGGAAGUCCCAAGGUGAUUCAGAGUCAGAAGAAAGAACUGUUUAUGUUGGCAAUGUCCCCCUUGUCACCAAGAAGAAAGAACUGAAGAGGAUAUUCCUACCAUAUGGAUCAGUGGAAUGCAUUAGAUUCCGUGGUGCACCAGUACCUGAUCCAAAGAUUCCCAAAAAAGCUGCCAUAAUAAGGAGGCAGUUUCAUCCUCAACGAAAAACCAUGUGUGCUUAUGUACGCUUCAUUUGUACUGAAGAGGCUGGGAGAGCUCUUGAUGCGAAUGGACAGAUACUUCAUGGGCAUCACAUUCGAGUAGAUUGGGCAGAUCCAAAGAAAGAUGAAUCUGGAAGAGACAAGAAAAAAGCAGUAUUUGUAGGUAAUGUGCCAUUUGAUCUUGAAGAUGAAGAUCUACGGAAGCAUUUUGAGAGCUGUGGAGAACUCCAGAGUGUCAGAUUAAUUAGAGAGAGUUCCACAGGUUUAGGGAGAGGAUUUGGAUAUGUGAACUUCAAGGAGGAGGAUGGAGUAAAGAAUGCAUUGAUGCUCAAUGGUAGUGUGCUGAAUGGAAACUCACUACGUGUGAUGAAGAUAAUGAAGAAACCCAAGUUGAAGAAGGAGAAGGAAGGAGUUGGGAAGUAUAGAGGUGUGCCAAAAAGAGAAAAGCAAAGGAGUUCUGAAGACAGUCAAGAUGAUGAUCUACAACCAGAUGCCACUGGUAAAAUUCAUCCACAGCUUGAUAAGAGAAAUCAGAAGAAAGAUAUUCAGAAACAUCAAGGCAAGCAGUCAUCAGCAAAAAAAUUCUUCCCUAGGACAAACAAGAAGUGCCAGAGUCAAUCAGAUCAACACUACAAGUUUCAUCUUAAAAUCCCAGUUGAAGAGCUGACACUAGAAGAGUUAAAGUGA